AUACUUUUAUUUUGAAAGAGUCGGUCAGGUCAGCUGAUCUCUGACGGCUGAUCUUCGAAGAUAAAAAGGGACUUUUUAGUCGCCUUCCUCAGUCCAGUACGUACAGUAAGUACAGUAGAAGCCAGCUCACACAGCAACAUGGCGACACAUCAUGAAGUGAAACCACAGCCUGGGGACUUGAUAGAGAUCUUCAGGCCGGGCUACCAGCACUGGGCUUUGUAUGUGGGCGACGGCUUUGUGGUCCACCUGACUCCCCCCUCGGAGUGUGCAGGUGCGGGCCUCAGCAGCAUGAUGUCCAUCUCGGCGGACAGGGGCCUGGUGAAGAUGGAGGAGCUGUGGACGGUGGUGGGGAACGACCGCUACCGAGUCAACAACAUCCUGGAUGACAAAUACGAACCCCGCUCAGUCUAUGUCAUCUUGAAGGAAGCCAGAAGGCUGGUGGGCCAGAUUGUGUCCUACUCCCUCUUCAGUAGAAACUGUGAGCACUUUGUCACCAACCUGCGCUACGGAAAACCAGAGUCCCGCCAGGUGCGCCAGGCGGCAGAAACGGCCGUGUGGACAGGUUUGACCUUUGGUGUGGUAGCCCUUGCAGCUGUAGCUCUGUUUGGACUGACUGGCGACAAGAACAAGAACAAGCACAAACAGUAACACACUGAUGGAAGAUUCACCAGCAGAGCCUUAGACACUUAAACAAUCAGAGGGCACUAACUACAUGUAUACACCUUUUAUAUGCUGCCAAUGUUAUGUUUAUAUCAAAUGAAGGGAAGCUUUUCUAUUUAUCUACAGACAUUUACACUAUUUUAAUAACACUAAUUGUUAGAAUAAUUGUUUCUAAAUUAUCACAAAAACUUUGUAUUACAUUGUGUUCCUGAGAAGAAGACAAAAGGGCUGUCUUUGAGGCCUACCAAGAGGAAGAAGGCUCGUAAAACUCCACUGGGAUUUCAAAGCGGACAGAUGGCAGGAUCUGACCAAAUUUCCAGAGGAACUCUUUUUGAAGUAUUUUAGGAACUAUUUUUGAACUAUUUUAUGGAACUCUCUUUGAACUAUUGUAUGGAACUCUCUUUGAACUGUUCGGUAACCUGAAGGCAACGCUGUUUACGACCCACUUCCCUCUGGAAGCAGCUGUGGUCAGGUGGGGGGGAGAAAGUCAAAUAAAGAAGCAGGAGUGCAAUCUUGUGGCAGAGCAUGGUUGAAGACUGUACCGAGAGCACAGUCGCCAUGUCUCUCGUCAAUAUUGAGUCCAAAUUUAAUUCUGUCUCUGUUUGAUUCUUUGCCUCUUGUCUUGUUUAAUAGAUGUCAUCAGUGUUUGAACCUGACACUAAUAAAUCCUCCAUUUUACUCUAA